UCAUUAGGUUAGAUUGAACUCCGAUCUCUGGUCUGUCAAAUUAUUUAGCUAGUUAGCCGAGAUGAGAAGCAAAGGAAUGGGGAACAAUUGAGUGUUUUUUUUGUGAUAAUUAAAGUGGGACACACGUUGACACUAAUGUAAAAGCACAGUUACAGAACUCCGGCAGACACGCAGCGGAUGGCCUGAACAGCACCUGUCGUGGGACUUGCAUAAAGAGGACCAUCAUUUUUGACCCUCUGAGUAAUGAACCCCUUCUGGAGCAUGUCUGCCAAUACAAGUCGUAAGGUUUCCCAGCAGAGACCUGACAAUGAGGAACAGAGUGCACAUGGGGAGCAAAGAGCCAGCCCAGCGCGGCUUACCUUUGGCAAAAAGCAACUUCCACCUAUUCCUAAGAAUGCACCCCCCAUCACCAAACCCGCAUCAAUAGGCACCCCAGCCCAGUCGGCCAAUGGCACACAUGCCUCUUAUGGCCCCUUUUACUUAGAGUACUCUCUACUGGCUGAGUUCACAUUGGUGAUCAAGCAGAAGCUCCCUGGAAUUUAUGUCCAACCAUCCUACAAAUCAGCUCUAAUGUGGUUUGGGGUCAUAUUCAUCAGACAUGGCUUGUACCAGGAUGGAGUCUUCAAAUUCACAGUGUAUAUUCCAGAUAACUAUCCAGAUGGAGAGUGCCCUAAAUUUGUAUUUGACAUCCCAGUCUUCCAUCCCCUUGUUGACCCCACGUCCGGAGAGCUUGACGUCAGAAGAGCUUUCACUAAAUGGAGACGGAAUCACAACCAUAUUUGGCAGGUCCUCAUGUAUGCUCGCACAGUUUUCUACAAAAUCAGCACCACUGAACCCCUCAACCCAGAGGCAGCUGUGCUAUAUGAAAAAGAUGUUCAGUUGUUUAAAAGCAAAGUGGUGGAUAGUGUGAGACUAUGCAACAGUCAUCUUUUUGACCUGCCCAAGAUAGAUGAUCCCUACGCAAUAAGUUUUUCCCCAUGGAACCCAGCUGUUCAUGAAGAAGCAAAGGACAGAAUGUUCACACACAAAAGGCGGCCUGAGGAUCACCACAAGGGGACGCAGGUAUCUGGGCUGUCCUGGGUAAAACCUGGAUCGACUCAGCCUUUUAGCAAAGAUGACAGCCCUCCCCAGAGCUGAACCUGCACCGUUGCAGCCGUGGCCACUAGAGGGAGGCCCAAGCAUCAGAUGCCACAGUACAUUCUUGGCUCAUCUGAGCGAGCUCCUUACAACAAUUUGGGGAAGUCCAUAUUAAGUCUUCAUGAUAUUGCUCAGCUUUAACAGCUUUGUAUGCAUCUCUUCAAGCAGCUUUAGUGUAAGAAUACAGGAGUUUAUACAUAGUGUAAACCGACAAUGACGAAUGGAUGUCUUAUACCAUCAUUUGUUGAAAUCAAAGAACUUAGACUAGUGGAGCCAUCCAAAUUGUUGGGGUGUGUGUUUAUAUACACAAUGCCAUGAAAACUAUGAGCAAAACAAUGUUUGAAGGUUAGUGUAGUGGACUUUAAUCUAUACCACUCACAGAAGGUUGCUCAGGACUGUUUGUCAGAAUGAGGAUGUUGUCCGACACGGUUGUGAAUGAAUCCCCCUAAUCAUCACUCCCUUAACUCCCAAGUAGUGCACGGCCUCAUAGGUUUAAUAUGUUUAUUGGACUUAUUUUUCUUUCUGUAAAUUUACUGUGUAAACCAUUGUCUUACAUAGUACUAAAGUAAGCAGGAAGUACAGUUUUAAAUAAGUAAGCUAAUUUUAUUUUGUCUGAAUUUUAAACCCUUUUGAAUGUUUUAUGUACCUUUCGGUUAUUAAAGUCUUGGUGUGUAAAUAAUGCUGUGGUAAGGUUUGGCUUUAAGAGACCUCUGCGUCAGUCCUCGGUUGGUUUUACGGGUUUUGGUUUGCUUUUCCUCCCAGGUGAUUUUUCAUUUCUUGCAUACCUUUUUUUUCUUCAAGUCAAAAAACUCAGUGUGAGUUCUCACUUGUUGCACUGUUUUAAACCGGUAAGACUACAGUAUAUAUUUUGCUAAGAUUCAGUCAUUAACUAGUUUGUGACUGACACAAACCUGAGAGUAGAUCACCUUUAAGAUGCACUCUUUGUGAUAAUACCUUUUAAAGGCCUCAACGUCGUUGACCCAUAUGGUAGAUGGAUAACCCUGGUCCUAGUCCCACCAUUCCUACACUUACAGCUUCUGAUUGGCUGAACACUCGUGUCCAGGUAAUCAGCAGCAGGUAGGGCUAGGAAUGUUAAAUCAGUAUAAAUAUGAAUAUGCAAUAUUCAACAAAGAAUGUGGAAGAACUGUUGUUUUGUCACUAAUGGAUAUGGUGCUGACACAUUUCUAACCUCUCUGAAAGGAAAGGGAAUCCCAGCAUAGAUCACACACUGCUGUUCUAAAUCCUCAAACGUGUGACUUUAACAUGUUCUGUAUGGAACCAUUCCUGCUCAUAUUUGUGAGUGACAUUACUACAUAGCUGACAUGAGAUUUUUACGCUUUCCUCUGAAAUUAAUAAAACUAUAAAAUGUUAA